AUGGCUGGCGCCAACACGGAGCAACCCGCUGGCACAAGGUGGAACAGCACGAGCGAGGCCGGCCCCGCAGCGAGGCGUGCCUCCAGAGCGACAGACACCAACACCGAAGAGCGAGUUGCCGUCUGGGAUGCGGUGGCCGCCUACGUACAGGAGCACCUCCUGGUGCAGAAGGGGGUCUGGAUUCCCACCUUCGGCUCAUUCGACACCAUCUCUAAAGACAUCAGGACUGCGGACGGGACCGUGACUCUGCGGUGGCCCGUGUUUCAGCUGGCCAGGAACCUCAGAGCCAUGCACCACCUCGGGUCCGACAAGGACUCCCUGCCAGCCCAUAGGGAGGUGGAGACCCUGAAAUACAGCGAGGUGGCUGCCGCUGCCUCUGUGACCUGGCAGAGAGGGAAGACCUGCAUCCAAAGCACCGUGUCCCUCCUCUCCAACUGCCUCAAGAAUGGGGAGAACGUUGCCUUUGUCCUGAAAGACAUAGGAGUGCUCCUCUUUGAAGGCAUGAGCUUUGGAAUUAAAUACUAUUACGACUUCCUUGAGAAGCUCUCCGGGAAGGAGAAAUUCAGAAAAGUUGUUUUCAAGGCCCCCUGGCUGCUGGACACGCUGGUGUCCCGGGUGGCACCGGUGGCCUCCCUGACGCACUCUGGCCGCCUCGUCGUCUUCCCCAUGUUUCAGAAGCAGGUUGCACCCAAACCACCGCCCAGGAUAUUCCGCAAGGCCUCCGGAGAUCUCCAUGGUGAGGGGAAGCAAAAGAAAGAAGGGGCUUUGCCACCUCUUGUCCAGGGCAAGAAAGUGAGGUUUGCUGAAGUGCCAACGUACAUCAGACGCUUCAGCGUUGCAAGUACUGCUGGACAAAGCUCAAGAAGCAGAAGAAGCUUACAGCAGGAGAGCUUUUCGUCCAGUCCGCUGCCAGCGAUCCUGAGAACGUCUGAAGCCCGCGAGCAGCCGGUGACCUGGCAGCCGCAGGGCCAGGCAGGAAACGAAGGCCAAGAACACCUGGGCCAAACAACGGGAAAAAAACAUGUCCGGUUCCGCGGAGAUGAACAAGGAGCGGGAGAGGACCGUGAGGCUGGAGCGGCGGCCAUGUGGAAAGCAAAGGCCUCGCACCCUCAGGUUGCCGGGAGGCAGGUGGCAUCUCGCAUCAAAGACAGGAGAUGUUCAUUAAGAGCUGAGUCCAGCCUGUCCAGGGAUACCAAAGGCCAUGCAUUCCGGCCGCCGUUACUGCAUCGUGACUCUGUGAAACUACUCAGGCAGAGGCAGAUGGCCAAGAAGGACAGGCCGGCGCAGGCAGAACCUCAGGAGACGGCGAUCUGGUUUGCUGCCACCCACACGCAACAGACCAGAGUCUCCCAGGAGUCCGCCUCCAAGGACCACAGCCCCGCGCCGCAGGCCGCCAACACCCUACCCGUUUCUGCCACGUGA